AUGUGGAAAGUUGAACAGCUAGGUCUGAGAUCAUUGUUUAAAGAAACAAUUACGUCAAAUUGUGUUGAAGGGAUUAAUUAUGUUUAUAAAGAGUUAAAUGAUUGGAAAAUAGUGACAAUCGAUCGGUUGGUUUUAUCGUUAAAUUUUCUACAGGGGUAUUACAUCAACGAAGUUUUGCGUGGUUACUGUUCAGUAGGUGGAUAUAAACUUAAGUCAGGAUAUGAAUGCCUAAGAAUGGAUUUAUCAAUGUUGUUGUUGUUGAACACUUAUCAUCCUGGUGAAGUAGUACAGCGGAUAAAAGAACUAAACAUAAAAGUUGGUGUUGAUGAUCAAUCUUCAAAUAGACUGCCACCGUUAACAAACGUUGAAUUGUCUACAAUAAUGUUUGAUACCGAUAGCCAAGUAACUUUUUCUGAUGCAGGUGCAUUUAUCGUGAAACACACUAAUGGAAACAAAUAUAUGGUUACUUUAUUGGAUGAUGGUUUCUUUGGUUGUACAUGUGGGUUAUCCGCGAAGAAAAAGAAAAGUGAUUGUAUGCAUGUGAUCGCCGUAAAACGAAAGAUGAACAUUAAAGUUCAGCAGCCCAUACCAAAGCCGAAUUGUUCGUCAUUACGGAAACGUGAAAAGGUUGAAGCUGGAAUUGGUAGAACCGGUCGCAAGAAUCCGUCUGUUUGGGAUAAAGAAAAUAUCGGUUCAACAACGCAAACAAAAAGAAAAGGUCGACGAAAGUCGACGGAAGCGGCGAUAACUACACAAACAACAACAUCAAAACGAAAACAAUCUGCAACAAAAGCAACAGCACAGUCACAAACUCGAGUAUCAACAGCACCUUCAAAGGUAAAUAAUGCUGUUUCGCCGAAUCAUAAUAACUGACUGUGUUUU